UAAGUCUUCUCAUCUUCUCUACACUAAAAGUCUCUCUCUAUAUAUAGUCCCAAGCUUCUUCUCAAAAUUUACCUCAUAAUUAUUGUAAUCAAUGGCUUCAGUCUCUUCUUUACAUCUUCUUUUUCUUUCACUUUUACAUCUCCAUUUCACUCUAUCUACCGGGAACAACCAUAUCACCGACAGAAAAUCCUUAAAAAUCAUUUCCGGCAGCGGUGGCGGUGUCAUUCCACCACCGUCCCCGCAACUGAAACCUGAAGAAUGCCCUCCUCCAUUACCUCCUCCACCGCCGCCUCCUCUUCAAGAAUGCCCUCCUCCAUUACCUCCUCCACCGCCGCCUCCUCUUCAAGAAUGCCCUCCUCCAUUACCUCCUCCACCGCCGCCUCCUCUUCAAGAAUGCCCUCCUCCAUUACCUCCUCCACCGCCGCCUCCUCUUCAAGAAUGCCCUCCUCCAUUACCUCCUCCUCCACCGCCGCCUCCUCCACCACCACCUCCUCCACCGCCUACUUCAUGCCCUCCUCCACCGCCGCCACCUUCUCCGCCGCCACUACCUCCUCCUCCUCCUCCUUCACCGCCUCCUUCAUGGGCUCCUCCACCGCCGCCACCUCCUCCUCCGUCGGAGCCAUCACGCUCACCGCCAAAACCGCCGCAUCCACCGCCUAUACCCCCGAAAUCACCACCGCUGCCGCAACUAACUUUUGCGAGUCCACUACUAAAGAAAGUCUACCCAGUCCUCCAAGCUUUCAAGAAACUAGUCGAAGUGGAUCCAAAGAACAUUCUUGCUUCUUGGAGUGGCUCCGACAUAUGCGGCAAAUACCGCGGACUCGAAUGCGCGAUAUUCCCUGGAACAAAACAUCAAGCAGUCGCCAGCGUCCAGUUUAACGGGUUUAACUUCUCCGGCACGAAACUUCGAUUAGAUAACUUCCUCGACAAGUUAGAAACAGUCACCAUCUUUCACGCAAACUCCAACAACUUCUUAGGCUCUGUCCCUAAAGUCAGCAACUUGAAUUACUUAUACGAGCUUGACCUAAGCAACAACAAACUCACCGGAGACUUCCCAGCUUCUGUCCUAAAAGCCACGAAUCUCACGUUUCUCGAUCUCAGGUUCAAUACUUUCUCAGGCUCUGUUCCUAGUCAGGUCUUUAAUCUCGAUCUCGACGUCUUGUUCAUCAACAACAACAAUCUUGUUCAGAAACUUCCACCCAAUCUUGGGUCCAUCACUGCUCUUUACCUCACAUUCGCCAACAACAGGUUCAUUGGUCCGAUUCCCGACAGCAUAGGCAACAUCAAGUACCUACAAGAAGUCCUUUUCUUGAAUAACCAGUUAACCGGAUGCUUACCAUAUCAAAUAGGCAAGCUAAACCAAGCCACUGUUUUCGAUGUGGGAUAUAAUAACCUAACCGGUCCUAUACCAUACUCUUUCGGUUGCUUAGACAAGAUAGAACAAGUCAACUUAGCGAGAAACAAAUUCUAUGGAACCAUACCAGAGAUCUUAUGCGAGAUUUCUAGUCUCAAAAACCUCUCCCUCUCCAAUAAUUAUUUCACCCAGGCCGGUCCGAAAUGUAGGAAACUCAUCAGGAGAAACAUUCUCGACGUUCGUAAGAAUUGUAUACUUGAUCUUCCAAACCAGAAAACGCCACUGGAAUGUGCUAACUUCUUCAUGCGGAAACAAACAUGUCCAAAUUCCAAAUCCAUGUUUCAGAUCCCUUGUGAUAAAAACCCAAACCAGGUCACACUGGAUCAAGAACGACUGGAGGAGGAACAAGGUCAAACUUCUUCUCUGGUAUCUUACGGGGCACUUAACCCGGACCGGAUUCGGAACCUAUAAUCUCUUUUACGUAUAUUAUGGAUUAUGGUGUGUUAAAAAAACUAUUUAUAUAGCCAAGUGUUUGUAACACUUGCAGUUUCUAAAUACUACAAUAUUGUAGAAUAAAUGCUUUUGCUGACUAGUUACGAAUCAUGGCUAUAUAUCUGUUUCUUCUA